AUGAGAGGAUGGGGGGCUACGAUCACUGAAUGGAUCGUCAAAUUGGAAGUCAUCGUGCCCGACGGUCGCGUCCUUCUUGUGAGCCGAGACGAGCACUCCGACAUUUUCUGGGCAGCGCGGGGUGCAGGCCAGGCGUUCUUCGGCGUCGUGACAAAGAUAUGGAGUCGAACUAUUCCCAAGCGACAGUUGUUUUCCAGAUCCUUCACUUUCAAUGUGGGAGAUGACUUCGAAGAACUCCUCAUGUUCGCCUUCGACCGGAACAAGGCGACCCCGAAAAUGUUCACCGAGACCGCCGUUUGCAUUAUGCAUCCGGAACUGCUUGAUACCUCGGCCGAGGAGAUACUCUCCACAUCAUCACCAUUGUUGCUGUCGAUCAAUUGCCUGCUGACCUUCAGAAAGCUAUUAUUGAAGUCCAACCUACCAACCAUAGUUACGGCCUGGGACGACUUCUUUUACCUGCAGCGUCAGAUCAAUCCCGACAAUCCCGAACAGAAAUGGGGUAUACAUAGUAUUCUCAAUGAUCCAUCAGUAUCUAUUUCAGAGCUGGCCAGGGCCAUCAGACCUGCAAUGUGCGACCUACCCACCAAGUCCUCAUUUGGCUGGAUUUAUAUGUGCGAUACUUUGACUCCGGACGAAAACGACGCCGUCUUCAGUCUGCCGCAGCAGUACUACAUCUCAACCUUCAGUGGCUGGAAGGAUUCGGCACUGGUGCCAAAAGUGCGCGACACGAUGAGGAGAACGUAUGGAAAAGCCUCCACAGUAGCUUGCGGUAUGUACAUAGCCGACUUCGAUCAAUCAUCUGGGUCUCUUCAUUCUCCAAAGGGGUGA